GAUUGAUAUAAACAGAUUACUGGGGUUUCCCUAUAUUUAUAUGGUAUACCCAAGCCUCUGUCCUUCCAAAACUCCGAACUUUGACCAAAGGCCGUCUUAGCUGAGUUUCAUAAUCGCCACAGGAAUGGCCGCUCCGCAUAAUUCCCCCAUCCCUGAAUCUGGGAAGAAGGUCCUGAGCACUGUCACUUUGGCCCCUGCUCUGGGGUUCGUGCCCAUCGCUGUCCAUUUUGACCUUUUCGGAUGCCUGAAAGACAUUGGUAAACCAGCCACCGCACAGGAUGUCUGUAGACUCCAUCACACCAAAUAUGGUGAUACCGACCUGUCGGUGCCUCUGGCCAAUGAUACCCUUUUUCUCAUGGGAGGGCUGGGGUUCUUGGACCUUCUUCCAGACGAUGUGUACCAGGCCAACGACGUCACCCAAUUUCUAGUGGAAACGCCCUCGGCCCAGCAUGGAGCCAUGCAUUUUACGUCUGAGGGACUUUUGGCAUCGGCAUUCCUCAUGCGGCGCCUGAUGGAUACCAAGUUUGAGUAUCCGUUCCAGGAGUGCGACACCCCGUUUCAGUAUGCACACAAACUUAUGGGCAAUGACUUCCUGGCUCGGGAACAUGUGUAUUCAGUGAUGCAUCACACAGGUCGCCUUGAUAGUUUCAACACUUUCAUGACAGGCAAGUUUGGUCGCUGGGGCACCAUGCCUGAUCGCGUCCGCAAGCUCGGGUAUGAUCUGGACGGCUUGGUUCACUCCACAGCUCCUGAGAAGCUCAAGGUCGUUGACAUCGGCGGUGGCCGAGGUGAGCUUCUCUUGGAGAUGCAAGGGGCAUACCCGCACCUACUCAAGAAGGACAACCUCAUUCUGCAGGAGUAUAACGCCGACAUUGGCGUGGUUCCCGAGGUCACAGAGAUGGCCUGGAAUUACAAGGAGGAUGGCAGCGAGCAGCCUGUCAAGGGGGCUUUGCUGUACUCUAUGGCUCACGUCCUCCACAAUCUGUCGGAUAUUGAGUCCAUCAAGCUGUUGGCCAAGGUCGCCAGGGUCAUGGUUCCAUCUUCACGUCUGCUCAUUCAGGAGUUUACGAAGAAUGCAGCUAGUUCGACCACCCACGCCGCGAUGAUCUUGAUGCAUGCUGGCCGCGAACGGACCCGCGCCGAGUGGAGGGAUCUGGCGGCUUUUGCAGGCCUGCAAAUAACCUUUGAGGCGUACCCACCCAAUGGGGAGUGUGUUGUCGAAAUGAGAAGAGUACUGAAUUGAACGGCUAAGACGGCCCGUCUUGAGGCUUAGGCAAAGUGUUCAUAGACUACUUGCUUGCGUAGGUGCCGCAAGGUUGGCGCUCAGUGGCCUUGAAGAGAGAGCCUUUAUGGGCGCUCCAUGUAUGUUCUGCCUUUGGGCCAUCACUAGCAAUUCAGAGC